GACUAGAACCCGGUGUGCCAAUGCCGCUAGGUGGAGGAUUAGCCUAUUGAGCCAUGGCACCGGCCUCUUCUUUUUCCUUUAUAUCAUCUUUGUCUGAAAAUUGAUAUUAAAGUUAAAUGUUAUUUUUUAAAAAUUGAUUUCAUGGAAUCUGCCUGGAUACCUUACACUCUCUGGUCACCUUAAGCAGUGAGUGGCUUUUCUGAAAUGACCUAAGCAACUAAUCAUAAAGUGAUUUCUUAACAAAGUUUUAUUUCUAUGUUCAGAAGGCAGAAGGAGAGAGGAAGAAUGCGGGAGAAAGCUAGAGAGAGAUACACUGAUCUCCCAUUUGCUGGUUCACUCUCCAAAUACCAAUAAAUCUAGGGCUGGGUCAGGCCAAAGCCAGGAGCCAGAAGCUGCCUCUGCGUCUCCUGUGUGUAGCAGGAACCCAACCACCUGAGUCGUCAGUGCUGCUGCCUGGAGUGUGCAUUAGCAGGAAGUUGGAGUCGGGAGCCAGAGCUGAGUAUUGAACCCAGGCACUCUGUUAGGCCAAACACCCUUCCCAAGGAAGCACCUUUCAAAUAAUGAAUGUACCAAACUGAAAGCAACGUCUGUGGUGUGUGCAUUAGCAGGAAUCGGGAUUGGAAGUAGAGGUGAGAUUUGAUCUCAGGCCCUUCAGUGUGUCACCCAUGUUGGAGGCCUAUAUUGAAUUCCUGGUCCUUGGCUUUGGUACAGCCUAGUCACAGAUGUUGUGGGCAUUUGGGGGAGGGAACAGAAGGUGGAAACACACACUUGUGUUUUCUGUCUCUGCCUUGCAAACAAACAAAUUUAUUUUAUAAAGUACUUUCUUGGGGGCUGGUGCUGUGGAAUAAUGGCAUGCAGUGCCAGCAUCCCAGAUGAGUGCCAGUUCAAGGCCCAACUGCUCUAUUUCCAAUCCAGCUCCCUGCUAAUGGCCUGGGUAAGUGAUGGAAGGUGGCCCAAGUGCUUGGACCCCUGUACCUGGGUGGGAGACCCAGAAGAUGUUCCUGGCUCCUCGCUUCAGAUAAGCCCUGCUCCACUGUUGUGGCCAUUUGGAGAGUGAACCAGCCAAUGGAAGAUCUCUCUCUUUCUCUCUUUCUGUCUCUCCCUCUCUCUCUGUAACUCUGCCUCUCAAAUAAAUAAAUAAAUCUUUAAAAAAAUACCAGAAAACAGAAAUGUACCUUUGAAGCAGACAGGACUUGGCACAACUUCUGCAAUAUGUCUUAGAGAUGGUUCAAAGUAUUCUUAAUCAUUCAGGACAGUGGUUUCCAACCAGAUUUAGCCAUGUCUGAAGGAAUUUGGAGUAGCUUUCUCAAAAUCCACACAUCUGGACAUCCCUCUUGCCUAUGGGAUCCAGAUCCCUGAUAACUGAUAUGUCUGUAAAUGGUUAUUGUUCUUACUAAGUCGGUGCAUAUUAAAUAGCACAUAUGAGGAUACUUCAAAAAGUUCAUGGAAGAAUGGAAAUAAAAGACAAGUUUAAAUCAUAUCUAUAUGAAGGAAUCAGUGUACUCCUAAUUAAUGAACUUGCUCCUGGGUGUUUUCUAUCUCCAUAGUUUUAGUCAAAACCAAAGAGUGGGCACAGUGCUUCAUUAGAAGUGUCUCGUGGUCCUUGUCAAAACAAGUGUAGCAGUGACAGCUGAGGACAUGAGAGUGAAGCCAUCAGAUCCUUGCAGCUCGCUGCUCCUGCUAGUGCACUGGUGGAUGGCGCUGAGGUCUGGUACAGUGUGAGUGUGACACAUACUUCUACAUGUUCCUAAGCCUGUCCCCCAGGAGGCAAGGGGGUGGCACCUGCAGCUCUACAGAGUUCUUGAUGUGCUCAGAAGCUUUGUCAAGCUUACUGAUAGCUGACUCCUAUCUUUGUUAUGUUUCCUUGUCUCCUUGUUUUACAAGCAGAACUUCCUUCUGUCAACUCUUUCCCACAUGGUCUGCUCUGUAAACAAAUACUGGGGUGUGCGUUGGUGGGGGCAUCCUGCAUUGUGGUGCAGCAGGUAAAGCCACUGCCUGCAAUGCCAGUGUUCUGUAUAGGCGCUGGGUCUAGACCUGGCCACCCUACUUCUGAUCCAGCUCCUUGCUAAUGGCCUGAGAGAGCAGCAGAAGAUGGUCUAAGUGCUUUGGCCCCUGCACCCAUGUGGGAGACCUGGGUGAAGUUCCUGGCUUCUGGCUUCAGCCUGGCCCAUCCUUGGCUAUUGCAGCCAUUUGGUUAGUGAACUAGCAAUUGGAAGAAAUUCUCUCUCUCUCUCUCUCUCUCUCUCUCUCUCUCUCUUUUUCUUCUUCCUUCUUCCUUCUUCCUUCUUCUCUGCCUGUAACUCUGCCUUUCAAAUACAUAAAUAAAUCUUUAAAAACAAAACCCAAAUACUGGAGUGGGAGGAGGGAUGGGAAGUACAUUAACAGAUGAGGAAUGAAAGAUGUGCUGUUGCCUUUUAAUGGAGUGGGUGGGAUGGGGUGUUGGUGGUGGAGUGUAUUUCUCUGCUUUUUGUUACUUUAACUAAAAUACCCAGGAGGAACUUGUUGGGAAAAAGAGGUUAUUUUCACCUUACAGUUUGGAGGUUAUAGUUCAGGAUCAGGUUGUCCCAUAGACCAGCGUCUAUGGAGGCUGCUCCUGGUGGGUGCACAGGAAUGAUCACAUGGUGAGACAGUGAGCCAAGAGAGAUGCAAGACUGAACAGCUCAACAGUCAGCCCUCUUGCAAGAACCAUGCUCCGAGGAAACACCCCCAAUGACCUAAACACCUCCCACCAGCCCCGCUUCCUAGCUGCCACCUUUACUAGAUCAAGUCUCCACCCUGAAUUCAGCAGCUAUUAAGACAUUGGAAUUUAAACAUCUGCAUGAGUUUUGAGUCCUACUUAACCCAUAACGGGGAGGAGGGGUGUGAAAGAAAGGAAAAGGAACUGACUUCACGUUUUCCCUGAGUCUGGGAGGUGAAAUGUGGGAGAAUGCAGUUUGUCUUAUUCCCUGUGAGGUUCCUCUUGUAACAAAACAGAGCACUGGUUUGAUUUAAUACAUGUUACCUGUGCCUGCUUCCUUCUGCCUAAAAGAUCUUUCCCUCUGUAACUAGCCAGUGUUUCCCAUGACAUGUGUAUCUCAAUUGUCAUUUCCAGUGAGCCUCUCCAUUGCCACAUGUUCACCUCAUCCCUUGGUCUCUGGUCUUGGUCUUCUCCCCUCAGUGACUAAGGGGCUUGAGCUGCCAUGUCCACUUUUGUGUUGCUUUAUGGUCUCAAGAUUUGCUUCACGCUUUUUAUGAAGAAGCACAGUAGCCUUUUAGAGGACCACUCUGCCUUUUGGGCCACUUCUGCAUCCAGGAAGACUGAGCUGGUGUCUACAGGCCCUCCACAAUCUCUGAAUAGAGGCUCUGCCAUCAGCCAGUAGCUUCCCAGAUGACGAGCAGAUUAACCUCUGCCCCUGACUGCUUAGCCUGAACACCACGGAAGAGUUCAUUGUGUUCUUUGAGCUGGUUAUAGCUGAUUCGGCUGUUUUCCUAGAGAGUUUACUAAUAGUUCUGGUGGGAGGAGAGGGGGAGCAUAGACUGGCUUCAAACAUUCCAAAGAUCCAGCAAGACCUGUUUGGGGCCUCUCCUUUCAGAAUCAGGAAGUGUCAAGGGGCUGGUUUAUCCAGAUGUGCGGGAGCACCCUUAGAAAGGGCUAAACAUUGACCCACAUACUUGGGCUGGGAAGGUUCACCAAGGUACACCGAGGAGCUUUCUUCCCUCCCUGGCCCUCCCACUCUCCUUACCUCUGCCCAGCUUCUCUCACUAGGAGUUUGUAAUAUACCCACUAGUCUGCCCUGCCUCUAUUGAGUUCUCUAUUCAGCAGAGCAGGGUUCUCCUCAAAUUAACUGUUGUUUCAUUGAGGAACAACUUGAUUUUCAAGAAAUACAAUGUUGCAGGCUAAGUGUCUGGUAUUUAGGAAGUCACACUGGCAACUUUUUAACCUCAGGUAGCUGUAUACAAUGUAUACAAAUGUAUACAGUUUGCCAGCCUGUCUUUGGUGUAUGUUUGAGAAACAACAUUGGUAAGGAAUAGAAUUUAGUAUUUCUUUGCUCUAUGUCAAAAGAAUAAAAAAUCAGAGUGUAGAGGUAUUCUUUGGGGGCCUUUGGUAAAUUUGAUCGGAGCAGGUAUUUUGAAAGAGAGUCCAAUAUCUCCCUUAAGGUCAAGAGAACAAUCCCUAGGAGUCACACUGACAACUGCAGCUCAAAGCAGAUUGGAUUUGCAUGUACUUUCUCCCUCGCCCCUCCCCAUCUCCUCCUGCACUUACACUAAACACUUGCCUUGCUUGCUUACUUGAGCUAUUCCUGUAUCAAACAUUAGUUUCUUUUCUUUUUUGUCACUGCAAAUUGUUUAUUAAAACACAAAGAAAUGGACAAACAAUAGUUUCUUAAACUGGUUGUCUCCAUUCAAAAACUUCCAAAAGUCUGUGGAAAAUGGAAUGGACAGAGAAGUUUAUUUUACUGCAAAAACGUUUGAAAUCCAUGGAUGUGCCCGGUCUUCAAAGCCUUCAUGGCAAAUGCUCCUUAUGAAAGAACUAUGCAUGGGUUUCAAAAAAUGCACCACAAUAAACUUAUAUAUUUUUUAAAAGAUUUAUUUUAUUUUUUUGAAAGGCAGAGUUAUAGAGACAAAGAGAGACAGAAAGUGAGAUCUUCCAUCUACUGGUUCACUCCCCGUGGCUGCAACAACCGGGACUGGGCCAGGCUGAAGCCAGGAAUCAGGAGCUUCAUCCAGGUGCUUCUGUGGGUUCAGGGGCCCAAGCAUUUGGGCCAUCCUCCGCUGCUUUCCCAGGCCAUUAGAAGGCAGCUGGAUUAGAAGUAGAGCAGCUGGGACUGGAACCAGCACCUGUAUGGGAUGCCAGUGUCACAGGUGUCAGCUUUUUUUUUUUUUUUUUUUAGAUUUAUUUAUUUAUUUGAAAGGCAGAGUUAGAGAGAGAGACAGAGAGAGAUAAAGAGAGAGAGAAAGGUCUUCCAUCUGGUGGUUCACUCCCAAGAUGGUUGCAACAGCUAGAGCUGUGCUGAUCCAAAGCCAGGAGCCAGGAACUUCUUCCCAGUCUCCCAUGCAGGUGCAGGAGCCAAGGACCUGGGCCAUCUUCUACUGUUUUCCUAGGCCAUAGCAGAGAGCUGGAUUGGAAGUGGAGUAGCCAGGACUCAAACCAGCACCCGUAUGGGAUGUCGGCACUGCAGGUGGCAGCCUUACCUGUUAUGCCACAAUGCUGGCCCCACGGUAUCAGCUUUAACCUGCUACAUGGCCAUACAGGCCCUAAUAAGCUUAUCUUCUAAUUCAGUUUUCUGUGAACUUUUUGGAGUCGCCUCCUGUAACUUGAAUGCCAUUUUGUCAGCUAAAGAUUAGGAAUAUGUUUAUGAUGAGCAUCGUAGUUUUCACCCACAAAAUAGCUACACUGACAAGAAGGGGCUACACAGUCACAUUGAACACCUACCAUAAGCAAGUCCUGAAUCAUGCGAAGAGAAACGUUUGCCAGGCUGCUGCAUGGAGACCCAGGGCUGGACAGCUCUCCUGGCUGGAGAGAAAGCAUGGCUGGCUGGCUCAGCCCUGCCCACAGCCUGCUGUGGCCCUUGGGACUGGAGGUUUCCUGCAUGUUUGGGGCUGAAACUGGCUGGGCGGGGCUUCCUCUUUCCCUGAGCCUGGGCAUUGGACUGUGUGGAGUCAAACCCAGUGUUUCCCCUACUUGCUUAGAGAUCGAGGGCACAGGAUUUAAAGUCUCUGUGUCUGUUCCUCAGUUGAGCAUGGGAUACAGAGAGCAGCUCCCUCCUGGGGUAUGUAAGAGGAUUCGUUGGGGAGCUCACUUGGGACGAAGUGUGCUCCACCAUAAGCACUUGUUGCAAGUAGUCAUCCUUGAGCUAUGAGUAUAGAAUACAGAGACUGGAAAAUCAGGGUGCAGAUAUUUAUUUUUCUCAUGUAGUUAGAACUUCAGCAGUAGGCGGUGCAAGACUGGUAUUGUGGUAGUUUCAUGUGGCCAUUACCGGACUUCAAUAUUUAUCCCCACAAGAUUGAUUUAUUUAUUUGAAAGGCAGAAUUGCUGGUUCACUCCCCAAAUUGCUAGAAUAGGCACGGCUAGGCCAGACAGAAGCAAGGAGCCAAGAGCUUCAUCUGGGUCCCCCAUGUAGAUAGGAUUUGGGCCAUCUUCCAUUGCUUUCCCAGGCACAUUAGCAGGGAGCUGGAUCAGAAGUGGUCACUGGAACUUGAACUGGCACCCAUGUUGGAUGCUGGCGCUGCAGUCAGUGGCUUAACCCAUUAUGUCACAAUUCCCUAAGACUUCAGUAUUUCUACUCUGCUGUCCUUACUGUAUCCUUUUCACUUCAUAGUCACAAUAUGGCUGCCUCAGCUCCAGUUUCCUUGUUAAGUUUAAAGCAUGAAGAAGAGGAAAGUCAGAGAGCCAAGGAUUAGCACCAGCUGAAUGACCUCUCCUAAUAAAAUAAUUUCCCAGAAGACACCAUUGUCAAUGUCUACUUAGAUCCUGUGGGCCAAUAUUCUAUCACAUGACUUAUCUGUAAGAGAAGAAAGGAAAUGCAGUCUUUAAAUUGUGUAUAUUAUCAUUCCCUAAACAUCCAGGUUACUCUUGGAAGAAUUCAUAAAGGGAAGUUGGGUAUGCAAACUAGAGUGUCUGCCACAGCUGGUACCUCAGUAUUGUUGCACAGACAUUGUCCUUGAAUGUGGCUGUUGCUGGAGAUGGGCACUUUGGAAGAAGAUGAUUUCAGAAUUUGGACUCAUGGUAGUAUGCAGCCCCACUAGGGACCGGUCCUGGAGUGAAGCAGCUGUCAUCUGCAUUCUGACCACUUCCACUGACUCCUUCUGUGUCUUUCUCCUACCUUCCCAGCCUCCCCUCUUUCAGUACCACCCGGGGAAGUGAGUGUCCUUAUCCAGUCUUUUCCCUGUCUUCUGUUGCCUGCAAAUUCCAGGGUGUCUUGAGGGGAACUCCUGGGGGCAGCUUGUCUGGUGGCCCUGCCGGUGCUGAAGACAGGAUGCACAACAGCCCAGGUAUCUGCCAGAGAAGGGAGGGGUGAAGUGGCGUGCCUUUGGAGGACUUGUCUGUGUCCAGCUCUCCACCUGCUGUGUGCUUCCCUGCUGCACCAAUUCCUUAGGCCUGUGUGUUUCCUCUGUUUUAUUGGCAUUCUGUUCCCAUGCUGCCUGCUGAUGAAAUGGGAAAAGAGCCUUUGCUGGACCUUGUCAGUGGGGUGGGUGAGUGCACUUGGCUCUCCCUCUUGGGCCCAGGGAUGCUGUUUCCCACCAGUGGGGGUCAUCCCUGGGGUGACAGAUUCACAGCACACAGCUGCCCAUGGUUUGGGAUUUGGGGAUGGGAGGGAGCCAGAUGUCAUCCUCUAAAACACCACCUUCAUCAGCAACAGUGAGACUGUUCUCAGCCUGGGAAGCAUGCAGGCCUGGGCUGUGCUAGGGCCAGCUCAUUCACAGGCAGCGUGGUGGCCUGUGUUUGGUUAGGAGCGCCAUGGCGGCUCCCAGGAAGCAGCUUUCCAUACCUGUUGGCAGCUGCCUCACUUUCCCACCAGAAUCAGCCAAGUUCCCUUUCAGAAAGGGCCUGCUGCAUGGCUUCUCAGGAUUUGCUUCAUAUCUCAGAAUUUCUGACUCCAUUAGCUUCACAGUGUGGGACUAAUGCAAACAUAAUACAGGGCAGCUUGUUAGGAAGGCAUCAAGUUAAGACUAGAAAUGGUGUCUCUGACCCGCUCCCAUACAAACGUGUCUCUUAGUCAAGUGCACUAUAAAUACGGUGGAUGAGCAAGGGAAGAGAAUUGAUUGAAAAUCUAUAUUUAUAUUAUGUAGCACUACUUAAAACUCAGAGAGGGAAAGAGAGAGAGAAAGACGUUUCUCCCAUCAGCUAGUUCAGCGAUGUCUCUUCCAUCAGCUUGUUCAGGCCCCAAAUGUCAUGCAGCAGCCAGGGCUGCAGAGGCCAGGAGCCUAGAGCUCUGUCUGGAUAUUCCACAUGGGUGGCAGGGAUCCAAGUACUUGAGCCAUCACCUGCUACCUCCUAGGGUGUGCAUUAGCAGGAAGCUGGAGUUGGAAGCAGAGCUGGGACUCAAACCCAGGCGUUCCAGUUUGAUAGGCCUUUCUUCAGAGGUAACCAAUACUUUUAUUCUGUCAUGUAGCGUUCCAUAUUUUUUUCUAUGCAUGUUUGAUUACCUGAGGGUAUUAUACUUAAAAUUGCAUAUAGGAUUAUGGUGUGCAUUGUGCAACUUUCUGUUUGAAAGAGCAAUUUGCUUGAAGAUCCUGAUAUGCCAGUACAUGUAUACUUAUUUCACUCUUUUUCAUCGUUAUGUAGUAUUCUGUAUUACAGAUGUACUGUUGGGCAUUCUGGUUGUUGUUAUGUUUUUUGUUUUGAGCUUUGUUGGGCUUUUUUUGUGUGAUGAAUGUCUUUUUUUAUCUUAAAGAUAUAUUUUAUUUAUUUGAAAGUCAGAGUUACAGCAAGAGAAAGAAAAGACACACACAGAGACAGAUCUUCCAUCCACUGGUUCUCUCCCCAAAUGGCUGCAAUGGCUGGGGCUGAGCCAGGCCAAGCCAGGAGCCAGGAGCUUCUUCCAGGUCUCUCACAUGGGUACAGGGGCACAAGCACUUGGGCCAUCCUCCACUGCUUUCCCAGGUGCAUUAGCAAGGAGCUUUCGGAAAAGAAGCAUCCAGGAAUCGAACCAGUGCCUGUAUGGGAUGCUGGCGCUGUAGGCAAUGGCUUAACCCACUGUGCCACAGCGCUGGCUCCAGUGAUGAAUUCUUGUAUUUGUCUUCCUGGGCAUAUGUGUGAGCAUUUUUCCAGGAUAGACACUGAAAUGUAAAAUACUUGAGGCAUAGGAGGUAUGCACUUAAGUUUUUAAUAACUACUUCCAAAAUUGCCUUCUUAAUGUCACCGAGCUAUGGUCCCAGGAGUGUGUGUGAGUUUCAACAUACUUUUUGACAUGUUUUCAGAUAACCUUUCCUGUUGAGCUUUUGUACACUUUUUUUUGACAGGCAGAGUGGACAGUGAGAGAGAGAGACAGAGAGAAAGGUCUUCCUUUUGCUGUUGGUUCACCCUCCAAUGGCUGCCGCGGCCGGCGCGCUGCAGCCGGCGCACCGCGCUGAUCUGAUGGCAGAAGCCAGGUACUUAUCCUGGUCUCCCAUGGGGUGCAGGGCCCAAGCACUUGGACCAUCCUCCACUGCACUCCCUGGCCACAGCAGAGAGCUGGCCUGGAAGAGGGGCAACCGGGACAGAAUCCGGCGCCCCGACCAGGACUAGAACCCGGUGUGCCGGCGCCGCAAGGUGGAGGAUUAGCCUAGUGAGCCAGGGCGCCGGCCUUGUACACAUUUUUGUUACAUGGCCUCUUCUGGGGCUCCAUUUAGCGUGUAUGUAUGCAGUGAUGCUUCUAUUUUGAAAUAGUGAGAAACACCAAAUCACUUUUACACCAGUGAAGCAGCAGUGGUGCGCUGAGAAACUGCCCUUGAAGGCUUUCUCCUGGAGCUCAGUAUGCAUGGACAAGAGCCACUCUUCAGAUAACACUGAGCAUCACUCUUUACAGUUGAUGCUGUUGGUUUCCUCAUAAGUAUCUGUCUGUCCUACUCCUUUCUUAUUGGCCUGACCGUUCCUUCUUUUUUUGCCCUGCAAAAAUGACCCCCGUUCGGGGGUAAGUUAUGGGAAUGGCAUUUUCUCUGCCUCUUGAGUUUAGAUGUGAGCACAGGAGGCAGUUCUGUCAACAAGGACUGUGUGGACCUUCUGCGAAAUGAUUCCUCUUGCAAAGAGAGACUUGGGAAGUGAGGACUCGUCUUUUGCACGCGUCCUCUCUGGUGCUGACUCCCGUGGCGGUCAUCACUACGUGUGCACGGGAACUGCAUGCUGAGGCUGGUGGAACGGGGAGAUGGAAGGGAACUGGGUCGGCUAGGGCAUUAGGGGUGCUCUCGACUAUAGGAAGCAGCCACUCAACCGCACACGCUUGAGUAGGGAGUUCUUUUCCCCACUUAUCGUGGCUCAGCUUCCCAGUGGUGUCAGCAAGGCUCAGAUGGUUCCACCUCCCAUGAAUGACUUUGCCUCCCCUUUCUUCUUGUUACCUCCUGGCUAUAAGAUGGCUGCCACAGCUCCAAGGAGGAGGAGCUCUGGUUAAGCAGAAAGCCGAGGACUCUCGGAGGUCUUGCUCUUGUGUCUCAUUGCCAGUGCUGCUCACGUGGCCAUUUCUACGUCAGGGGUAGCUGAGAAGUCAGACAGCAGGCAUGGCAGAGAACAAUGGUCAUGAUUUCCUUAUUAGACAAAUUAUGUAUGAUAUUUACCCCCUGCUGCAAUUUUCCCAGACUUUGGCAGUUAAAAACUGUCUUGCUGCUUGAGUCAUUGUGAGAUGGUUUUUUUUUUUUUUUUUUUUUUUUUUUUUGCUACUCACAGCCAAAACAGAUCUAACAUACAAUUAAACAAAUGGGAAUCUAAUGCUAAUGAUUACUGUACUUUGUCCUUAAGACCUGGUGGGAAUCAUGUGUUCCUUUGAUGGAUUUAAGUUAUUUGUGCUGUUCCAGCCCACAUUCCCUACAUAGUCUGCUAAUAACACUGUUAUUUUCUUUUGGGAGACCACCUGUCUCAUUCUUGGCUUAUGUGGCUUUGGGGCAGCUGAGUUCGUGUGGGCACACGCCCCAGGCCCGGCUGGAGUUCUCAUCGUAGGUUCCCUGAGACAGUGAGAGUCCGCUGUAAGCCUCUGGCUGCAGCGUCCGAGACAGGGUAAAGCUACCACAGGAAAUGGGAGCUGCAGGAAGGAGAGUUUUGUGUUCACAUCAUUGGGACCAUCUCUCCCUGGAUUCUUCACUUUUACUGCAUACUUUUUUUUUUUUUUAAGAUUUAUUUAUUUGAGGGGCUGGUGCUGUGGCAUGGAGGGUUGAGCCUUUGCCUUCAGUGUUGGCAUCCCACAUGGCACCGGUUAAGUCACAGCUGCUCUACUUCCAAUCCAGCUCCCUGCUAAUGCUCCUGGGAUAGCAGUGGAAGAUGACCCAAGUGCUUAGGCCUGUGCACCCACGUGGGAGGCCUGGAAGAAGCACCUGGCUCCUGGCCUCAGAUUGGCCCAGCUUUGGCUGUUGCAGCCAUUUGGGGAGUGAGCCAGUGGAUGGAAUCUCUCUCUCUCUUUCUCUCUCUGUUCAUCUCUCUGUAUCUCUGCCUUUCAAAUGAAAUAAAUCACUCUUUUAAAAAAGAUUUAUUUAUUUGAAAGACAGAGUGACAAAGAGAGAUAAAGGGUGUGAGAGGCAGAGAGAUUGAUCUAUCUAGUGAUUCACUCCCCAAAUGACUACAAUGCCUGGGGCUGGUCCAGGCCAAAGCCAGGAGCUCUGUCCUGGUCUUCUAUGUGGGUGGCAGGGGCCUAAGCACGUUGGCCAUCUUCCACUGCUUUUCCCAAGUGCCUUAGCAGGGAGCUGGAUCAAAAGCUGAGCAGAAGGGAUUUGAACCUGUGCCCUGAUAUAGGAUGCCCAUGCCUCUGGUAGCAGUCCAACUUGCUGCACCACACGCCAGCCCCUCUGUGUAUCUUUCAGGUUGUGUUUUGGUGUUUGCUCCCGAGUGCUACCAUGUGGCCUCUAGACUUCUAUCUUUUUGAGUCUUGGUUGACUCUGAAAUAUGUUUUGGUCAGUUUGGGAGGCGGCGUUGGUGGGAGCAAACAGUUCUGUGCCCCUCGUCCAGGCUGAAGUGAGAGUGACACAGAGAAGAAAAGCUGAGUUCCCUUAUCAAUCCUCCAAUCCGAUAUGAGGGAGAUGCAUGGUGUGGCACCAGAGGCCCAAGCUGAGAUGUUACAGCUCAGCAUAGCUUCCACUGGACAUGCCCACAGUGGGUGGCAGGUGAGGUGGCACAGCAGUCCUGGUGGGGACAGUAGCGGUGAUAAUCGCUGAGCCCUGCCUGGUGCUACCUAAGCCCUUUACACCCAUUGUCUCAUUUAAUCCUCAGAACAACAGCCUGAGUUCACAAGGUGGGGCUUGAGCAGCCGGUUCUGCCGCUGGUCUUAGCCCUCAGUGACAAUUUCCAGUUUGCCUGAGCGGCCUCUGCUCUGAGUUCCAUGAUCUUCUCGCAUCCGUGCUCUCCCACAGUUUUGGUCGCAGAGCAGCCUCUCUGCGUUCCACGCACCUGUCUCUUAGCCUUGUCCUGUGAACCUUCUCUGCCUUUCUUGAUCACUUUAGUUGGAAGGAGCAUAUUCCUUGGUAUGGCUGUUUCUAAUCUUUUCUGAUAUUGUGGACCUUUUAUUACCCUCUAGAAAAAUGUGUAUAUGCAGGUAUGCAUGCCCUUGCUUGCCGUUCCAUGGGCACAUAAAUAUUCGGAAAACCACUCUUUUUUUCUUUACAUGUUUAGCCGUUUCUCAUAACUGAUGGGGUAGACAUGCAAGACGGUGGGGCUGAUGUCUCUGCUCUGUGAAUAUCUUCCCCGUGUUUACCGAUUCUUCCUGAUCUGUUAUGAGGGAAGGGUAGUCGCAAUCAUUUGCUGGGUAUAUUCAUGUAUUAUAAGGUAAUUGGUUGACAACAGAAGGUGGCUGCAUACGUAGGCCUCUGCCAUAUGCACAGAAGAUCCAAUAAAGAUCCAGGUUCCUGGCUUUGCCUGGCCCAGUCCUGGCUGUGGCAGGUAUUUGGGGAAUGAGCAGGUGGAUGGAAGAUCUCUGUCCUUCUGCCUUCUAAGUAGAUGAAAAUAAGUAUCUUUUUUAAAAAGCUAAAAAAAAAUAAGGUAAUUAGCAAGUUAUUUGUCAAAUCAAUCUGUAAAGUUUUUUGUUUAGGGUAGCAGUUUGAAGGAGGCCUGUUUUUUUCUGCUUUGUUUUCUGCCAUUUCAUCAGUGUUCUGAGUAGUGACUGUGGAUCAUAGUCCACAGUCCUGGAAUUAGGAAUUUUCAUUCUGGGAAGUUAACUGGACCAAGAGGAAGUAAAAUGGUCCGUGUGGAUACUUAGCCUUGUCAAACUUAACAGGCUCAAGAAAUGACUGCUAUGGACCUACCAUGUUGUAAGGAUGCCUGUUUUACAGGGAAAGCAGGAAUUCUUAGAUUUUGGUUGCAUUAAAACCUGUAUACAAUUUUCAACCCUACUUUUUACUGGUUUCCAUUAGUUGUAUACAUGAAACCUGAAAAUGAGCUCUUUUUUUUUUUUCUUAAGGCUGGCCAACUGUUAACAUUCUGCUUCAUGCAUGAAUUGCAUCUUUUGUGUCUGGGUUAUUGGUGCUAAGAUUUAAAAUCAGGACUGUUUUGGUGUUGAAAAAAACUGACUUCUUUUAUCUCUGAAAUCACCCAGUAGGAAAAACAUGCCAUUCAAAGUAGUGUUCAUGUUUUUUUGACAGACGGACGGACAGACAGACAGACGUGUUAGCGCUUUCCCAACAAACUAAAGCCUCUGUUUAAUACGAUUCCUCCUCACAGGAGCAGAAAUAUGUGUUUUGACAAAGCAGUUUCUUGGUCUAGAAUUCUUUUGUCUGGGCUCCCUCUUGCAGAACGGGUGUUCCCUGCUGGGCAGUGAGUGAGGCUGGCGGGGUUGAGGGUCAGCAUCUCCAGGCCUCCAGACCUGGGGAGCAGCAGCCCCCAAUAGAAUGCACCAGGAAGACCACAGUGUCCCCCCACCAGGACCCCAACAGGGGCUGUGCUCCAAGGCCCAAAAAGCACCCUGCUUGCUGUAGCUUCCUGUUGGAUCCUGGAUCACAGGACUUUGGAUUCUGUUUCACAGUAGGUAUGAAGUUAAACACAUUCAAAGCAUUCAUUUGGUCCUCUCUUCUAUAUUUUUAUUUAUUUGAGAGAGAGAGAGAGAGAGAGAGAGAGAGAGAGAGAGAAUGCUCCCACCCUCUGGUUUACUCCCCAAGAUACCUGCAAAGGCCAGGGCUGGGGCUGGGCAGGGCAGGGCAGGGCAGGGCAGGAGCUUCCCCGCAGGGUCUUUCAUUAGCAAACAGGAAGCUGGAAUCAGGAGCUAGAGCUGAUUUUUUUAAAAUUUUUAAAAAAUAAUUAUUUAUUUAUUUAUUUGAAAGGCAGAGAUGCUGAGAUACAGAGAGAGGGGGAGAGACAGGGCAGGGUGGAGGGAAGGGGUCUUUUAGCUGCUGAUUUACUAACCAAAUGGCCGAAGGCAGAAGUCAGGAGCUUUAUCCAGGUUUGCUGCUUUCCUAGGCACAUCAGCAGGGAACUGGAUCGGAAGUGGAGCAGCUGGGACUGGGACUGGCAUUCAUAAGGGAUGUGGGUGUCCUAAUCAGUAGCUCCACCCACUGCAGUGAGGGACAUGGCCAUCUUGCCCACCGGGAGAGGCCCCCUCUGGUCUUUCCUGUGAGCAGCUGUCCUUCCAAAACAGACCUCAGCAUUUCACUUUAAAACCAUGUGGGCUGGCGUGAGGCAUUUGCCACUGCUCUUGUUCUUGUUUUUGUCCCAUGUUAUACAACUUGUUUUUCUAGAAUUCUCCAAGCUUUUGUACACUGAAGAAAGAAUCUGAGCAUCAAAAUUUUAAUCCUGAUUACAUUCCAUCUCAAAUCCAGCUCAACUUCAAAGACACUUGCUCAGUUGUAAGGUGUAGUGUGCUAAAUUGAAAACCAUGUUGCUGUAAGAGUCUUCGUUGCCGAGGCCCAGGUGUAGUGGCUUCCCUCUGGCUUGUUUUGGAGCUGAUCUGAUCUGCAUGAACAUUUUCUUCCCCUUUUGCUUGACUAUAUCAGAUGAUGGCAUUUGUCUUUUUUUUAAGGAUUUAUUUAUUUACUUGAAAAUCUGAGUUAUAGAAAGGGAGAAACACACACACACUGACCAAACUUCCAUCCACUAGUUCACUUCUGAGAUGGCCAUAGUGGCCAGGGCCGGGCCAGGCCGGAGCCAGGUGCUUCAUCCAGGUCUCCCAAAUGGGUGGCAUGGGUCCAAAUACUUGGGCCAUCUUCUGCUGCUUCCCUGAGCCAUUAUUAGGGAGCUGGAUCGGAAGUAGAGCAGCCGGAACAUGAACUGGAGCCAUAUGGGAUGCCAGCACCCCAGGCAAUGGCUUUACCUGCUGUGUGACAAUGUCGGCCACAUUUAUUUUAAAGGAUUUAUUUAUUGAUUUGAAAGUUACAGUUACGGAAAGAGGGGGAGAGUGAAUGAGCAUAUGAUGAUAUGUUUAGAAACCAUAUUUCCAGGGGCUGGCACUGUUGGGUAGUGGGUAAAGCUGCCACCUGUGGUGCUGGCAUCCCAUAUGGGUGCCGGUUCAAGACCCAGCUACUCUACUUCCAAUCCAGCUCUCUGCUAUGGCCUGGGAAAGCAGUAGAAGAUGGCCCAAGUCCUUGGGCCCCUGCACCCACAUGGGAAGACCUGGAGGAGGCUCCUGGCUCCUGGCUUUGGAUCGGCAAAGCUCUGCUGUUGCGGCCAUCUGGGGGGAGUGAACCAGCAAAUGGAAGACUUCUCUCUUUCUCUCUGCCUCUGCCUCUGCCUCUCCUCUCUCUGUGUAGCUGUGACUUUCACGAAAAAUAAAUAAAACUUAAAAAAAAAAAGAAACCAUAUUUCUGGGGCCAGUGUGGUGUAUCAGGUAAAGCCCCUGCUUGCAAUGCUGGCAUCCUAUGUUGGCACUGGUUCAAGUCCCAGCUGCUCCACUUCUGAUCCAGCUACCUGCUAAUGCUCCUGGGAAAGCAGCAGAAGAUGGUCCAAGUCCUUGGGCCCCUAGAAGCUCCUGGCUCCUGGCUUUGGAUCAGCCCAGUUCCAGCCAUUGUGGCUAUUUGGGGAGUGAAGCUGCAGAUGGAAGAUCUCUGUCUCUGUAACUCUGCCUUUCCAAUAGAUAAAUCAAUCUUAAAAAAAAAAAAAAUCAUGUUUCUAACACUGAUAUCAGAGAACUUCUAAGUGGCUUGCAUCAGUGAAUGAGUUUAUCACUUGAGAGCUUCUGAGCAUCUGUCAUGGGGCUAGUUUCUGGAGAUCCAGAGACGAAUGAGAUGGAAGAGAGCGAUGAAGAAGAGGAGGCCAUCCCCAGACAGUGUGGGGCCUCACGUGCGAGCACAGGUUGUAAGAGUAGCAGUGGGGGUCUCUCCUCCUUGAGGAGCUCCUGUUUUUGCUGAUUAGAGAAGCAGUACAGAUGAGCUGCGUGCAGGUUGAGUGGGGACAUUGCUGUCACAAGCACAGAGGCCCUGAGUGGCCUCAUGGGUGCUGGGCAACGCGGGCACUGAGGGCUUGAUGUCAGGUGGCUGGCAUCAAGAGGCUUCGGGUCUGUUAAAGGCCUUUAUGCCUCAUAUGGCAUAGAAAAGGGAUUUCAUUCUGACCUACAAAAUUGUCCAGGAAUGAUGCUGUCAUUCCACUGAAUAAACUUCAGGCUUACUGAAUGAAUAGGCAUUUAAUGUUUAAAAUAUUUAUCUUCAUUCUUUGAAAGGCAGACACAAACACACCCACACCCACACCCACACCUCCCUCCCCCACAGACAGACAGACAGACAGGGAGAGGUCUUGCAUCUGCUAGUUUAUUCCCCAAAUGCCCACAACAGCCAGGGCUCGGCGAGGCUGAAAGCAGGAGCCUGGAACUCCAUCUGACUCUUGCUGUGAGUGGCAAGGGACCCAGGUACUUGAACCAUCACCUUCUGCUUCUGCUAGUGUUCAUUAGCAGCAAGCUGGAUUGGAAGUGGAGCUGGGACUUGAACCAGGCACUCCAGUGUGGGGUGUGGGCAUCAGGAGUGGCACCUUAACCACUGUGCCCAACGCUCAGGCCAUGUGACUAGUUUUGAGCUCACAAAGUUGCUAUUUAGAAAGCCAAACAGCCACUCUUUCCAGUUCCUGCUACAGUCGAAGUUCAGGGAGUCAAGUAAGAUGUUAAGAAUAUGCAAUUAGGAUUGAAAGACAGGCCAUAAAUCCUAAAUUUGUUAUUGUAGAGCUCAUGUACUUUCCAUAGUACCACGUUGCUGCCCUGAAUUGAAGGCAAUUCAUGAGACCUGACCACUUUUCUCCCUACAGUGCAAGUCGCUUCCUUCAGCAGAGAGACUGUGUUCUGGUCAGAUCCUAACAGUGAAGAAAUUUAAACAGGUGGAGGGACAAGGGGGCUUCAAACACAUCAUAGAAAAAAGCAACCUUUUGGUGCAAAAAAAAAAAAAAAAUGAAAUCUAUGCAAGAUAUACAUUCUCUCUCUCUCUCUCAAGAAAAGAUUUACUUAUUAAUUAGAAUCACAGAGCAAUACAGAGAGGGGAAGAGAUAUAAAUCUUCCACUUGCUGAUCCGAAUGGAUGAAACAAUAGGGUUGGAGGGUUGGGCCAGGUAGAAGCUGUGGAAUUCCGUCCAGGUCUAUCACAUGGGUUUCAGGGACCCAAUUAUUUGGACCAUCCUCUUCUUCCUUCCCAGGUACAUUAGCAGGGAGGUGGAUCAGAAGCAGAGCAGCUGGGACUUGAACUGGUGCUGCAAUUUGGGCUGCUGGCUUAGCCCACUGAGCCACAACGCUGGCCCAUACACUUUUUCUUGUUAAAGAUUUCUGAUAGGGCUGGUGCUGUGGCAUAGCAGAUGAAGCUGAUGCUCAUGACACCUGCACCCCAUAUGGGCACUGGUUUAUGUCCCAGCUGCUCCACUCCCCAUCCAGCUUCCUGUAAUAUCCUAGGAAAAGCAACAGCAGAUGGCCUGAGUGUUUGGGCCCGUGCACCCACGUGGGAGGCUGUUGUGACCAUCUUGGGAGUGAAUCAUCAGAUGGAAGAUCUCUCCCUCCCUCCCUCUCUAGCUCUGACUUUCAAAUACAUCUUUAGAAAAAAAAAAAUUUCUUACAGGAUUAGAUUCAUUCUCAGGAAACAAAAAAUCAUUUUGGUCAUGUGAUGCCCUGAAUGGUUUUUCACCUUUUUGCUUUUGCCCAUUGUCUUAGAAAUACCCCUCAAAUCCAGGGAUGAAGCCGUGGUAGGCAGACGUGUGAGUGGAGCUAGAACUGGUGCUGUUGUAAGAGAAAUAACACCUGUGUCUUUUUUUGUGCUGUGAUUUUUCGCUGCAUACUUAGAAUUGACCAGAAUCUGUUCUGCUUUUGAUCACUAGAGUUUUAGAAUUCUGUUAAGUUUUUGAGAGUUUAUAAUGUUACUUUUUCAUAUAUAAGGUUACAUAGAGGUGCACAUAUGAAAUACGAUGACGCCCAAGUUAGGUGAAUUGUCUAGUUAAUUGUACUGUGCCAGUGGGUUUCUUGCACAGUAGAUUAUGUAAACUGUCGCCACUGGAGGAAGCUGGGAGUGGGGAAUGUGGAUCUUUGCAUGAUUUUGGCAGCUGCUUAUGAGUUUGUAGUUGUUUCAAAACAAAAAGUAAAAGGAAAGUAAUUAGAAUAUGUCAGUACAUUUAGUAUUAAGGAAAUCAGAUAUUAGCCUUAGACUGGAAACAAUUUGUUGUGACUAAAUCAAAGCACAAAUCACAUACUCAUGGUUCACUCGCUCACCAGGUAUUUUUGGAGUGUUUUCAUUGGUGCCAGGCCCCAUUUUGGAUGCAGAGUGGAGGAGCUGUGCCUCCCUGAGAGGAGUUAACCAGAAACUGCCUCCUGCCUUUGUUUCUGGUUUACAGUGCUGGGCUGCUUAACUCCAGGUGCAAGGGUUUCAUGUGUAUGUGUUUGCUUUCUGCGAAGGGGUCCUCAGUGUUCAUCAGAUUUCCAAAGGUUGAGGGACUACUGCUUUGGAUGAUUGCUUCUCUUGCCUGGGUUUGGAGAAGGAAUUUCAUCACACAGGGCAGCCUCUGGCAGGCUGAACCUACUGCCUCCUGAGUCAUUGUCUUUGGGAAACUUGUCUGUAUGUCUCCUUGGUUGACUGAAAGCAAAGGUGUUGGAUACUUAGAAAAAACUAUUUCCUAAACAAGACUAUUUCCAGCCGUGGAACUGAUCACGUUAGCUGUGAUUUCGGGGGUGGGCAAUGCACCCUGUAAAGCUUAUGUGAAUAAAGAAACGUCUCAUGUUUCUGAAGAGGCAUUUGCAUGGUGUAUGCUGGACCCCUGUGGGCACUGCCUCCUCCAGCCCAAGUGGCCAGCUUGCUGGAUGCAUCUCUUACCCCCUCCUCCCCGACUGUGCAGGCUUUGUGCAGGACAAGCAGGAAGUUCGCAGUGCUUCACACGCUCUUGCCUCUCUGUGCAGCUGACACAGCUGUGUGGUUUUUCUCUCAAAGAGAAAGAGAAUCAGUGUGGAACUUGAAUCGGGUCUACCUUGCCCUGCGACUUGCAGAUGUGCCUCUUGCUGACAGGUGGCACAAAUGACAGGAUUGCAUUUUAAAGGGCCGAGCUGCUCUCGUAGAAUGAGGGGUUUCAUGUGAGAGAAGCGCAUUUUGGGCUAUAGCACAUCUGGUGAGAAUUUAGCCAGGUAGCUUCCCAGCAGCCUCCCGUCUCUGAUCCUUGGCUCUUUGGCUGAGGGCUGAACUCACUGGUGUUCUUCCCUCAGCACCCGUAGGGUAUGGCGUCCUGGACGGUUCAGGGAUUUUCUUGUUCAGGGAUUUUCUUGUUUGGAGAUCUUUGUGUUGAAGCACUGUUUGUACUGCACAGGUGGUAUUCACCCAGGAAUGCAUGGGAACUCCCCACACUGAGCAAAGAAGCCUGCUGCCAGCGUACUUCGUGCUGCUUUGUCUUAAAAAUCCUCACAGUCCUCAACUGGCUCUGCCUCCUGUCCGUUUCCAACCUAGAUGAGGAGAGUCGCUGGACAGUGCACUACACUGCCCCAUGGCACCAGCAGGAAAAUGUCUUCCUACCCGCCACUAGACCCCCAUGCGUUGAGGACCUGCACCGCCAAGCCAAGCUCAACCUCAAAUCAGUAUUGAGGGAAUGUGAUAAACUGAGGCGCGAUGGUUACCGAAGUUCUCAGUACUACUCUCAGGGACCCACCUUUGCAGCCAACUCCAGCCCGGGAGGCGAGGAUGACCAGGAUGACGAUGCUGAAACAGAUCACAAGUGUUCUCUGUCUUCAUCAGAAGAAGACAGACUCAUUUCCAUCCGGAGACCUAAAACACCAACCUCAGGGGACUUCUCUGACCUGCACACUCAGACCAACUGGACCAGGUCACUUCCACUGCCCACCCCAGAAGAGAAGAUGCGGCAGCAGGCACAGACCGUCCAGGCUGAUGUGGUUCCUAUUAACAUAACCGGGGAGAAUUUCGAUCGCCAGGCCAGCCUUCGGCGGUCUCUAAUUUACACAGAGACUCUGGUAAGACGACCGAAGAAAGUCAAAAGGAGAAAGACUAUUACAGGAAUCCCUGACAACAUACAGAAGGAGCUAGCGUCAGGCACCAGCCAGGAGGACAUCGGUGGCCACUCUGUGUCCACCCCUGAGCACUACUCUACACUAGGAAGGCUUGAUGGCUAUCACCUUGCUGGGCAGCGCUCGGAAACCCGGGACUCCAGCAGCCAGACCGAGGACAUGAAGGUGGUGCCACCUUCCGUGAGAAGAAUCAGGGCAUACAAGGGGCAAGGCAUCGCUGCCCAGAUGAGCCACCUCCCAGGCUCUUCCGGGAACAUGUCAGUGCUGAGCGACUCAGCAGGGAUCGUACUCCCCUCUCGCCUGGACGGCGAUGCCGGCUUCCGUAGUCUCCCACGCUCUGGGGCCAGGACACGCAUUCAGUCCCUUGAGUCACGGCUGGGUGCCCUGGGCCCUGCAGAAGAGAUGGCUGGCACUCUCCCCUACCACAGGGGUAACUUACAAGUUGAUGAAACCGUGGCUCCUCCAGGAGGUGUCUCGAGGACUGGAAUGCUUCUGAGACCCCGAUCCCAGGAGCUGAGGCCCUUGGAGAGUGAAAACCUCACCAGCCCUGCAUGCGUGGUCUCUCCCCAUGCCAGCUACUCCACCAGCAUCAUCCCCAACGCCACGCUGUCCUCCUCUUCGGAGGUCAUCGUCAUCCACAGUGCUCAGAGUGCAGGGCAGCUGGACAGAAUUAGCAGCUCGUCGUCAUACCCGAAGGUCACACCCAGAGACCACCUCGCCGCCAGGCGUGCUGCGAAGGAUGGCCAUCAGCCUCCCAGUGGUCACUGGAGUGGCGGCCCCACCAUCAUCCUUUCACAGGCCUUAGACCCCCGGGGCCCAGGGCUGUCCCUCUGUGAUUCAGCAAAUAGGGAGAACGGGGCCCACGUGGUGCCCUAUCACUGUAGGAACAAUCUGAGCUUCCCAGGCCACGCCCAGGAUGUGGAUUCCAAGAGCGAGUCCAGUUCUUCUGGGGGCAGAGGGCACGGCUCAUCCGAGCCCUGGGAAUCCCAAGCCUCGGGUCCUGGCCGUGCAUCCCCACUGAAGCCGUAUCCAGCCACUCCGGGUUACUCCACUCCCACAAGUAACAUGAGCAGCGGCAGUUUGGACAACAAGGAAGACGGCGGCUCCGUGUAUUCGGAGGACCACGAUGGCUCCUCCCCGUCGCUGCUGCGCACGGACUCUGCGCGCGGGUCUGGCCACCUGGGCAGUAGCGCUGAAGGCUUUGGGAACCCCAGGCACAGCGUGGUCAAUGUCUUCGAUGGCAGAGCUCAGAAAAGCCAGGGGGACCGGCCCCAUGAUCACGAUAAAUCCCUUUCGAGAAGCAUCUCUCUGAAGAAAGCCAAGAAGCCUCCCCUGCCACCAUCCCGGACAGACUCCCUCCGCAGGGGCCCCAAAAAGAGCGGCCAGGCCAAUGGGCAGGUGCUCAACGAGAGUCUGAUCGCCACGCUCCAGCACUCGCUGCAGCUGAGCCUGCCGGGCAGGGGCGGCAGCUCGCCCUCGCAGAGCCCCUGCAGUGACCUGGAGGAGCCCUGGCUGCCGCGCUCGCGGAGCCAGAGCACGGUCAGCGCUGGCAGCAGCCUGGCCUCCGCCACCACCGCCAACGUGCACUCCCCGUGUGGGGCCACGCCCUCACAGAGCGACACGAGCAGCGUCAAGUCCGAGUACACUGACCCCUGGGGCUACUACAUCGACUACACCAGCAUGAGUGAACACCCGGGGAACCCAGGGGUGCCCACAGCCAACGGGCCAGCGCGCCUGGUCCCUGAGGGAGCCAGGGCCGCAGUGCCUCCCAUGUCCAGUGCCUCCACCAAGCCAAAGAUCCCAUCGCCGGAGAAGUCCCACCGAGUCACCUCCCCGUCCAGUGGGUACUCCAGCCAGUCCAACACACCCACCGCGCUCACCCCGGUGCCCGUGUUCCUCAAGUCAGCAUCACCCGCCAAUGGCAAGGGCAAGGCCAAGCCCAAGGUGCCGGAGAGGAAGUCCUCUCUGAUCUCGUCCGUGUCCGUCUCCUCCUCGUCCACCUCGCUCUCCUCCAAUGCCUCCACUGAAGGCAGCGGCACCGUGAAGCGGCUGGAGCCAGCCCUGGCCUCACCGCCUGCUCCCCCUGCCGCAUGCCCGCCGGGCUCCCCUCUGCCUCGCUCUCCGGUGUUCCCCCCUCCGCCACCAGAAGCCCUCGCGCCCUUCUGCUCCCCGACCUCCGACGCGGGCCUUCCGCCUCCUCCACCGCUCAGCCCUCUGCUCCUAGACGCAGCGGCUUCCUUGCCAGCGCCUCCUCCUCUCCUGCCCCUCUCAGAGCCCCCGCCUGCCCCACCGCUGGACCCCAUAUUCCUGAAGGACCCCAGGCCCUCACUGAGGAGCUCCAGCCAGCCCGAGCCCCUCCGGGACACCUUGAGGUCGCCUCCCAACAAGGAGGAGAGCAGCAGGCCCUCCCUGCCGCUCAUCACUACCGAGGUGCUGCAGAUGGUGCAGUUGAGGCCGGUGAGGAAGAGCCCGGACGCCAAGGCGGCAUCGGUGCCCGAGCACGCAGCUCAGGAACAAGGAACCCCAGCCGCUCCGCAGUACCACUUAAAGCCAUCUGCCGUUCUGAAAGCCCGAAAUAGCAUAAAUGAAAUGGAGAGCGAAAGCCAGCCUGCCUCCCUGACGAGCUUGCUUCCGACGCCUGCCAAGAACUCCAGUCAGGGUGACCAUGACCGAGCAGCAGAGCGGGGCAGCCCUCCGAGUCGCAGCCAUGGAGCUCCGUGCCUGGCAGCCGGCGAGGCAGAGUCUCAGCCUGGCCCCAGGACCGCCCCCCUCGCAGACUCUUCUCCCAGCAGGAAGCCACCCCCCAUUUCCAAGAAGCCCAAACUGUUCCUGGUGGUGCCACCUCCGCAGAGAGAUUGCGCCGCGGAGCCUGUGGAGAACGUGAGCGUUGCUUUCCGAGCCACCCCCAGCCCCAGCAGGACUGAGGAGGGCUCCGUGCACAGCCAAGGGGCCCCUGCCAGCUCUCAUGAGCCAGACCCCAGCAGCUCGAUUCUGGAGGCAGGCGCUGCAGGACCCGAACCCCCCGUCACAGUGGAAGCCGAUGUCCCCAUGGUACAGCCCGAGUCCUUGCCAACCCCCAAGCAGGAAGAGCCAGCCCAGAGUAGUGCGGAUGAUGGGGCCAAUGUGGAGAGCAGUCUGUCUCACCAGAGCACAGAAGCUGAAGUGCUGGAGACCGACACAGGCGGGGCUGCCUCCGAGUCUUGUGAGCCCGCUAAGGAAGACGGCAGUGAUGAGGUGAUGACCCCCAGCCGGCCCAGGACCACCGAGGACCUUUUUGCAGCUAUUCACAGAUCCAAAAGGAAAGUCCUUGGCCGCAAAGAUUCCGACGAGGAUCACUCCCGAAACCACUCUCCCUCCCCGCCCGUCACGCCCACCGGCUCCGCCCCGAGCCUGGCCUCCCCCAAGCAGGUGGGGUCCAUUCAGAGAAGCGUGCGGAAGAGCAGCACCAGCAGCGACAACUUCAAAGCUCUCUUGCUGAAGAAGGGCAGCCGCUCCGACACGGGCGCCCGCAUGUCCGCGGCGGAAAUGCUCAAGAACACUGACCCCCGGUUCCAGAGGUCCAGGUCGGAGCCUUCGCCUGACACCCCCGAGAGCCCGUCCAGCUGCUCCCCGAGCAAGAACAGAAAGGCCCAGGAGGAGUGGGCCCGGAGCGAAGGCCUCAUGCCGAGGAGCCUGUCCUUCUCGGGCCCCAGGUACGGCCGCAGCCGAGCGCCGCCCUCGGCAGCCAGCAGCAGGUACAGCGUGCGCAAUCGCAUCCAGAGCAGCCCCAUGACGGUCAUCUCAGAGGGAGAGGGGGAAGGCGUGGAGCCCACGGACCACAGAGCUCGCCACGGCCUGGCCGCUGCCAAGGGACGUUCUCUGGACGGACUGGCAGGGGAUGCGAUGGACCAGGAGGGGGUUCUGUUGCGAGGCGUGGAGUCUGCAGAUGGGACGGCAGGUGCAGAGGACGGGGGUCCAUCAGAACAGCAUGGAGGUGCCCGGGAGGAGGAGGGUUAGGGAGAAACCCCCGGGGAACGGGGAGCUGGGCAGUCAAUGCAUAGCUCUGGGAGGCCCGCGGGCCCUUUCCUGCCUUGCCCAGGAUCGGAUCACACUCAGUGUGUCCGUGUUGUGGGCCCCAGUGCACCAGGCCUGCACCUAAGGAGGGGUCAUUUCAGACUCACCUGCCACUUGCCCUGUGGCUUCAAAGCAAGUAGAAGCUUCAACUUCGGAAAGUGCUUCCUGGGGAAGAUUUUUUUUUUUUUUUUUUUUGUAUUCUUAUUUGCUCAAGGCUGGGGGUAUGUGUGGGGCAUGUGUGUGCGUUUUGAACACUUUUCUAUUUUUAAGAAACACACACAGCAUUACGGAAGUAGGAGCCAGAACGGCAGAGGUAAACCAGGUAGAGGAAGGGAGUCUACGGGUGGAUGGAAAUGAGGGCGCUCCCAGGGCUGGGAAAAGUCCGGGGCUGCAAAGGGGGUGCUGGGUUGGCCGGUUCUGAAGGCGCAGACCACGUGGACAUUGGUGCACCGCACUGCGGCUGCAAGGCUGAGCACGGGGGACGCAAAGGAGCUGCAACAGGGCUUCUCUGAUGCUUUGGUUCAGGUACUUUUUUUCGGGGGGAGGGAGAGGUUUUUGUUUCUUUUUUUGUAAAAAUGAUCAACUUGGAAGUGGCAACGCCGUAGAACUUGGUGCCCGCUGCUGUGCAGCCACAGAUGCUCCAUUUGGAGCCAGACUUUUAGAAGCGUGGGUGAUUUUUAGAUGCAUUUCCCCCCUGGAGUAGCAGCCAAGACCUUUUUCGAGAAUUGAACUGAUGGUGUAGACACUGACAGUGUAGACAAGACGGGGGGGGGGGGGGAGAAGCGCAGGAAGGGGUAGGGGCAACGUGAUACACUGCUGGGAUUUGUUUCCUGCUUAUUGAAUAAAAUUAUUUUUCAGAAUUAAAUUUGAAAACUUGCACUAUAGAACUGAACUGUGGGUGGAGCUUUUCUUUUACAACAGUUUUUUACUCGAGUUUUAACUCCAUUUGGCAAUUUCUUAUCACUUGAAAUGUCAACAUUUGCUAACUUUUGGAUAUCCUUUUGGUUACACCAAAGAAAAAAGAUGGCUAUUUUUUCCUUAAGCUGCCUGCAGUUUUCAUGACCUAACUUAGAAAGGUUUAUCAAAAAUCUAUUAUAUAUUAUCACACUUUGAAGAAAAUACUGAAUAGCUCUUGUUAGUCAAAUAAACUGAUAAAAACUGGUAGGGCUUGGCUAUUAAUUGGCCCUGGGAAAUGAGUUGUUAGAUUAAAAAGUGGUUUUUUUUUGCAUCCUUUGGUUUGUGUGUUUUUGUAUUUGUUUGUGCAUAAUUCAGUUGCUAAUCACCUUCUAAUCUUCUCCAAGCCGAGUUUCAACACUUUCAGGCAUGGGAGAAAAGUGUGUACCGUAUUUAUUUAAUGUAAUGUUCCUGUGGCCCUCACCCUCACUCCCGCCCAACUUCUGUGUACCUGGACUCCUUUAUUUGUGACUUCAAUAAAGCAGAGUCUUGUCCUGUUCAUUAGGACUUUGGAUGACAA